GCGCAGCGCGUCACAGUCAAUCUGGUCGCCGGGGUGCCAGGCCGCCCCAAUAGUGAUUAAGAAGUAGCCCGGGUAGGACCUGAAGGCCGCGGCACCAACUUUCCGCCCGGCUCGGUGUCCUGACCGAAAUAAGCCUUCCGACGUCUCAGUUCGCCACAGCACCCGGCUUGGAUCCAGGAUACACGCACUUCUUAAUCAAUACAGAGACAUUAUUCGCCAAAAUGCCUCCUUACGAGGCUGUUAUAUCAGGGAUUGGGGGAGCAUUUCCUCAGAGCGAUAGUGUUGAAGAUUUCUUUAAAAACCUUGUAGAAGGCAAAAAUCUAUCUUCUGUGGAUGAUCAACGUUGGAAACCAGGUCUACUAGGAACAUCUCCACACGUGGCCAAGAUCAGCAAUGUACACAGAUUUGACAACAACUUGUUCAAAGUUCACAAGCGCCUCGCACAACUCAUGGACCCUCUAGCACGCCUCAUGAUGGAGAGGUCGAUGGAGGCUGUCAUCGAUGCAGGCCUUGCCCCACAAGACCUCGAGAACACAUAUACGAGUGUCUACAUGACCACAACUGUAUCGGAGUCUGAGUCCAGAACCACGUCACUCUUGCAUGGAAAGAAGAACGCAGGUUACGCCAUUAUGGCUGGAAGCAAGACCAUGAUGUCCAACCGAAUCUCUUACUGCCUCAACCUCAACGGACCGAGCGUGACUCUGGACGGCGAUUGGACGGUGGCCCUGGUGGCGUUGCAGCGGGCAGCUCGCUCCAUCGAGAGCGGCGAGAGUGAAUUCGCCCUCAUCGGAGCGGCCAACACCUGCCUCUUCCCCGAACUCAACAAGAUAUACGAAAACCUUGGAGUGCUGUCUGCGGACGGCCACUGUCGCGCCCUGAGCUCCACUGGCACCGGAUGCUUCCGCUCCGAGGGAGCCGUCGUCUUCCUGCUGCAGCGCGCUGACCUGGCCAACAGGGUGUACGCGAAGAUCAGCGGGGUGCACGACCUGUGCAUAGGGACGCGGUCACGUUUCCUGGGCGUGGACGCUCUGUCCCUGAGGCCAGUCAUGGAGGACCUCUACCGCUCGCAGGGCAUCGACGUCAAGGACGUCAAGAUGCUUACCACCGACGGUAAUGCCAUCCCGGAGAUCGAGCGGGACGAGAUGGAGUCCUCAGCGGCGGUGCUGUGUCGGGAUCGCGUGGGGCUGCCCGUGUCCACGCCCAAGGUCGUGGUGGGUCACGGGGACGCGGUGGGCGCUCUCGUCAGCAUCAUACACUCCAUUGCCGCCAUGGAGAAGGGCGUAGUCUCGCCCGUGACAAACUACGUCCAGCCGGCCGACGGCGCCAAAUCCCUCCGGGACGGCCGCCUGCACGUCGUCACCGAACCUCAGCCCCUCGACUUGGACGCCAAAUCCGUGAUGGCCGUCAACACCCUGGGUUACUCGGGCUGCAUCGCUCACGCCCUCUUCCGGCCCAACGCUAAGGUCAAGCAGCCCGUGUCGCAGCAGGACAAGGAGUUCCCCAGGCUGGUCGUGGUCUCGGGCAGGACGGAGAGUGACGCCGUGGAGGCCAUCAACCAGAUCAUCGACAAGCCGUUCGACCCCGAGUUCCUCCGCCUGACCCAGCAAGCCUUCUACAAGCCCAUCAAUGGCUACACUAGCCGCGCAGCCGCCAUCAUCCCGUCGGACGAGCCCGGCAUGCGCCCGAUCGUGUCGAGCAAGGAAGUGGACAAGAAGGACCGGCCCGUGUGGUUCGUGUACUCGGGCAUGGGCAGCCAGUGGGCCGGCAUGGGCAAGGGCCUCCUCAAGGUCCCCGUCUUUGCUGAGACCAUCGACCGUCUGCAGCCCAUCUUGGAGCCAGAGGGCAUCGACCUCCGGGAAACCCUGACUACAGAAGACAACGAGCUGUUCGAGAACAUCGUGUACUCCUUUAUCAGCAUCGCCGCUACCCAGAUCGGCCUGACCAACGUGAUGAGGAGCUUGGGCGUGGAGCCGGACGGCAUGAUCGGGCACUCCACCGGGGAGCUGGGCUGUGCGUACGGCGACGGCUGCCUCAGCGAGGAGGAGACGCUGCUCGCGGCCUACUCUCGGGGGAAGGCCUCUUUGGCCGUCAAGCUGGUCAAGGGCAUGAUGGCCUCCAUCGGAUACGGAUGGGAGGAGGCGGAGAAAAACCUGCCUCCAGGGGUGGACGUAGCCUGUCACAACUCAGCCGAUAACAGCACUGUCUCCGGACCCACCGACGCCAUCAACGAGUUCGUGGAGGCACUCAAAGAGAAGAACGUGUUCGCGCGCACGGUCAACGUGUCCAACAUCGCUUUCCACAGUCGCUACGUGAAACCCGCUGGCUCCAUCCUCCUCGACUACCUGAAGAAGACCAUCAAGAACCCCAAGAAGCGGUCGUCGCGCUGGGUAGCGACGUCGAUCAAGCCCGGCGACGAGAACGACCCCGCGCUAGAGUACGCCGGCCCGGAAUUCUUCACCAACAACCUCUUGAGCCCCGUGCGCUUCGAGGAGGCCAUGCUGAGCGUGCCCGCCGACGCCGUGGUGAUCGAGCUGGCGCCCCACGGCCUGAUGCAGCCCCUCAUCCGGCGGGGGCUGCCCGAGGGCGCCGUCAGCAUCUCGCUCACCAGGCGGGGACACCGGGACGGCAUGCGCUUCCUGCUAGAGAACGUGGGCAAGGUCUUCAUGGAGUGCGUGCCGCUCAAGCCGUGGGUGCUGGCGCCAGAGGUGUCGCUGCCGGUGUCGCGAGGGACCGCCUGCCUGAACAGCCUCGCCUCCUGGGACCACCGGGAGGAGUGGCCCCUCGUCAUCAACACGAGGAGUCAGGUGAGCCGGCCGCGCUACGUGAACCUCUACGCGGAGACCACCGCCUGCAUCAGACAGAGCGGCAGGCGCUGCGCCGCGCCUUCCACCUUCUUGGAGAUUGUGUGGAGGGAGAUCGCGGACGGCAAACCACUUACCAGUUGUCCGGUCAUCUUCGAGAACCUGGAGUUCAGAAAUCCCGUUGAAAUGUCCGGAACAGAUGACACGAUGCUGGUGCUGCAGCUUCAGCGAGAGACAGGAAACUUCGAAAUUGUAAUCUCAGAUUACGAGUGCACGGCAUGGGAUGUCGUUUGCGUUAUGAAGGGAAAAAUAUCCGUCCCGGACCCCACCGAGCUGGUGGGCAUGGCCAGCGCCCACUCCAACGAAAAGGAGGGUGUCGUUCUGGAUGGAGACGCUGUCUACUCCGAACUGCAGGACAAGGGCCUCAAGUACGACGACGCUCUGAAAACUUUGCGCCGCGUUGCUGUAAACGAAACAGACCUGACUGCUCAGUGCGAAUGGCAAGGAAAGUGGCACGUGCUCAUAGACUCCAUGCUCCAGCUGUCACUACUCAAACAUAACUCGGGCUCCGUCUUCUGUGGCAAGAUUAGAAAGAUGACGAUUGCACCUCAAGAGAUGCGCGCUCUCAGUAGCGCCCUGCCGCUCCGCUACCUCGUGGACCGGCGCGUCAUCGCCGCACCUGGCAUCAAUAUUGAAGGGUACCGCCGCGCCGAGGGCAAGAACAGCUCCGCCGUGACUUCCCUCGCCCUGGAUGUGCAUCCGCUCAAGCUGCCGACCAAGCAGGAGGACGAGGACUUCCUCCAGAGCGUCGCCUUGCUCCGAGUGCAGAACAGCGACUCGGCUGAGGACAUCAGUAUUAUCGUCCUCGAGGCCGAGCAGGAGCCCGUCGCAGCGACACUGCAGAGGAUGAUCCGCGAAGCGGUGGGCACCCAUGCCACGGUGCGCAAGGUGCUCGUCGAGCCCGAGAAGGACAUCCCCGCGGAGGUGCGCGGCGCCCUGCUUUUGGUGACCAACUUCCGCACCGGCCAGGCUGGGCGCGUCCUCGCACACCUAGCGACGAGUCCUUCGCCGCGCGUGAACCUGGCCAGCGCCAUGGUGUUGCGCUGCGGAGCACGGGGUGGCAACGAUGGCUUCAUUCAGCUGGCGUCCAACGUGAGCACCAGCGGGUCGCUCUCUCUCCUCGUCCCGGAUAGAGCCAGUGCGAACCACGCCAUGCACUUCGUGCACGUGAAGACGGAUGAGGCGGUGCCUUCAGAUGUUCAGGUGCCCGUCGGCAGCGAGGUGAUCCUGGUGUGGCGUGGCCUCCCCAGAGAAGGCAUAUUUGGCGCAGUGGCCGCCGCUCGUGGAAAACCAUACGGCGCCAAAGUCAGAAUUGUUAUUAUCCUGGACGAGGACGCGCCAGAAUUCUCUCCAAGCAAAGAGCCGUACUGUGAUCGUCUCCGUCUUUCGCUCAUAGUGAACAUCCUUCAAGAUGGCCGGUGGUGCGAGCUGUCACUUUCUAAGCUUAACGAAAUUCCAGCUAUACCUACAAGGGUACAGGGCUACGAGGCGCUCGCCAUCGGGUUGAACCCUGGAGACUUGUACGAGGCCGCUCCACCUACCCUUGGACCGUAUGACUUCUGCGGUCUCAAGGACGGCUCACGUUUCAUUGGCGUGGGCACCGCCGCUGACAGCGCCGCGGUCACGCCCGACGACAUCCUGCGCUGGGUGGUGCCGGCCGCCUGGAGCGACCAGGAGGCGGCCACCGUGCCGAUGGCCUACGCAGUGGCCUACCACAUACUCACGGUGCUGGCUCCGGUGCGCCCCGGCCAGAGGGUGCUCGUCGUGAGCGGCAUCUCGCCCGUGAGCCAGGCCUGCAUACGGGUAGCUGGACAAAUGGGCUGCACCGUGGUGGCCACGGCCAACAGCGAGCAGCAGCGCCAGCUGGUCAUGGCCCUCAACCCCGAGCUGCCGCCUGAGCGCGUUCUGCGCCACGACAGUAACACCCUCAAGUACUAUGUGAUCAAGGCGAUGGGCGGCCAGCUGGUUGACCUGGCCCUAGUACCAGAUGCGAAGCUCUGCGACUCGGUCCUCCCAUUGCUGGCUCUCAAUGGCUCCCUUUUCACAUUGUCCAAGAGGAACGUCCUGUCGCAUCGCGUCGGCAUGCGCGUAUUUAUCGAUUCCACAAACAUGUUCGGUGCCGGACCAGAUUGUCUCCUUACAACGUCGCCACGUGACAAGAAACUGGUCCAAGCCGCUCUCCAAGAGGGCAUCACGUCGGGCUCCGUGCGACCGCUCGCUUCUCGCGUGGUUGACAGCGUGACGGCUGUUGACAUGGCUGCCGUACAGGGGCCCGUAAAGCAGCUGCUGGUCACCAAGGAGGCGGGCACCUCGGCGCGCCGCGCUAACGGCCCCACCAACGGCAACCGCACUUCGGGCGUGGCUUUCGCCGUGGCUGGCGGUCGCGCCGACUCCUUGGUGACCUUGGCUCGCGCGGCGGCCGCCAAGGGCUCCACCAUGGUGCUGGCCGCCAGCAGAGAGUGCAGCUCGGGCGGCGUCCCGCCCAGGGUCAAGUUCAUCCCUGCGCUGCGACAGACCAACUUCGUGCCCCUCCCCACGGGCCAGAGCGACGCCAAGCAUUUCCUUGGGCUCGCUUCUAAAGCCGAGAACAUCAAGGCCAUCGUCAUUAACCUAGAGGACGCCGCGGACCGCUCGCUCACCUCGCUCCUGCACGCCGUGCUGCCCACGGUGAACGGCGCGCUGCGGGGCGUGCGCCUGCUCGUGCUCACCGAGAGCCUCGCCCAGGGCACCGAGACGGUGGAGGUGUGGCGGCGCAUGAAGCUGGCCGCGUGCGCCGUGGUGGGCGACCCCCGCCAGGCCGCGCACCUGCUGCCCUCGCUGCUCACCAUGCACGAGCUGCCCGCCGCCGUCAUCGCCUUCUCCGAAGGCUCAGACGCUCGCGUCGCGCUGGGCGCGCCCAUCCACCGCCCGGUGCGCGCAGACUCGAGCGACUUCCCCCGCGCGGGCGCGGCGGGAAGGCCGUUCCUGGAGAUCUCCUCGCUGGCGCCCAGGCUGCGCAGCAGGCACGCCCGCCUGGAGCCUCUGCCCCUCUUCAACGUGACGGGCCCCGUCCUGGUCCCUAGACUUGUCCGGGAGACGGCCACCAGGGUCCUGUCGCCUGUCCUCAUCGCCGACGGCUCACGGCAGUCGGCAGAGAAACUCGCCGAGGAAAUUUUGAGGCUGCAGCCUCGUGGACCUUGGGCGAUGAUUGGUGACGCAGAAAACGUAGAGCUUGUCGGGAAAACCGCUAGGCUGGUGGAGCAGCGGGCGGGCUACCCCGACUGGCGGGAGGUGAUGCACCUGGCAGUGCUCGAGAGCGGUGCCAAAGACAUCUUCCGCUGCCCCGAACUGGAAGGCCUGGUCGGCCCCGUCCACUUCAUCAAGCAGGCCGAAGGCAGCGAGCGGAAAUCGGUUACCCUGAAUGAAAAGAAAAUGCGUCACUUUGUGAGCGGACCAAACGACAUCGCAGCAAUUCUUAACGACAGCUUACUAUCACCACUGUCUAAGAUCAUAUCAUGUUAGUCCAAACAUAUUCUACGUUUCCAGCAGAAGAAAAUAAAACUUGGCCAUUGUUGUAGUAUGUUAAAAACCCACGAUUUUGUAUUUUUGGAGGUUGCUGAUUUAUCUCUACUAUUUGUUGUGUAUUGCCUCAGAAAUUGUGGUGGGGCGCUCGUAGAGCUACCAGUUAAAGAUAAUUUCAAUGGGUGGUUUCCGUGAAGGGAAGUACAAACUCAAUAUUAAUUCACACCUGUUCAACGGGUAAUUAGGCUACUCCGAAACUAAGUGCAACAGUUGAUCUGUUUUUGUCCCAAUUCGGAACAGCAUUAUUGGAAUAGACUAUAGUUUCCAUUUUGAUUCCACAAACCUUCCCACCCCCUAUGGAGAUAGGAGGGGCGGGCGCAGCAUGGUCCAGACGAAGGCGUUGGGUCCGCCGGAGAUACUCCGCUGGGCGAGGGGCCUUGCGUAAUCCGCUGUGCUUCCGACAGAGGGCGACAGAGCACCCUCCGUGUGAAAAUGUUCACCUUCGAGCCUUUGUUCGUCCAUACGAGCCAGGGAGGUCGAACGCGAUCAGGAUUCUUUUCUAUGGGGCGACUCUGGACAUAUCAGGACAACACGCCCUCUUCUGAAGAUUUUUCCUGUAUGUUUUGCCAUCUGAAUGUGGCCACUACUUGGUAACAAAAGUUUCUCACUUUUGAGGGGAAGAAUUGUUUGAAUGCCUGCAUUACAUUGGGCCUCAAAUGUUGUAAAUUUUAACAUUUCUUUUUAUAUUUGAUAAAUGUUUUGUCUAUUUCUUAUAUUCUAUCAUUAGGAUCAAAGUUUGCAAACCAUUGCGGUGGUUAUAAACUCGAGCACUUUUGCGAAAAGAAAAAAAAAAUGGGUCAACAGUGCAAACCCACAAGGGCUCUGUAAACUAGUAAUCGGUUAUGUCGACGCUACGUAACUGCACAGAAGCAUUGUGAUGACCCAUAAUCCCGUUUCCCUCGGUGAUGGCAUGAGACGAGGGGUGAUGGAGACCUGCGCGAUGCAGCGGGGUGCGUUGCGGCCUGCGGCCAGGGUAGGUGGGCCGAAAGACCGUCGUUCUUUCCUCUGCGCCUGCCGUAUCCCCGGGUUGGCAAGAGGGCCGGGCGGACCUCGUAGGAAGGGAUGGGAGCGCGGAGGUGGAGCAACUAUCUUAAUGUUUUCUCCCCCUCCCCUUCCCCCGCCGCCGCCGUGAGGCAUUGUGUCGGCCGUUGUGCCCCCCCUCCCCCAAUCCUCCCCUACCCACUGCCCGCACGAGCCGGACGCUGCUCAGAGGCAGCCUCUGUCCUCUCUUCCUGCCUGGGCGCGCCAGAGCGGAGCACUGUUGCCAAUCCCCUCCAGGUUGUGGAGCCUAAAGUUUCCUUUUCUUCGUGGACCAAAGAGUUUGGCUUUGGCUCUACGUUCCCCCCCUGGGCCGACCCGCUUACGCGAUUCAAACUGGGGAAUGGGUCCAGCAGAGAGGAAGGAGAGUGGGAUCGUGAACUAACAGGCCUGGCCUCAAUGCACUAGCCGUCACCGCACUGGCCUGCCCGUCCGUGGCUUCGCUGCACACACAGAGGCGCUCGGAUCCACCUCGAAUUGAAACGUGAUGCUACUUGGUCCGUAGCACGACUCUGUAACGCCCGUUACGGUAACGUUAACAGCCCCCUGGAGGGUAGGUGUGUCUGGCCGGGGGGCAGCGUGGGCAGGCGGGGAGGCGGUGGGGGCGGGGGGCGAGGCAACAGAGGAAGGACGUUGCCGGAAAUUGCGCGGGGAGCUCGCUAGACCAUCCAAGGAGACGGGCGGGCAGCCGGGAGGCAAGCCAGAGGACAGGCCACAGGGCAGCAGGGUGGGAAGCCGGCAGAAAACACGGGGCAGCUGGGAGGGAAGCCGGGGCAGAGCUCAGCGGACGGGACAGACAACGCCAGUUCUAGGGUGCCCGACUGGAGAAGCGACGACUCUUUUCCACCGGAGAUCAGAGGCCGGGGCCGCCCGCACUGCUGACAGUCCGAGCCUCUCUCCGAACCCCGACCACUUAAAGCUGGUAUUUCAUCCUUUUGCGAAACAGCUAAAUCUCUUUCCUGUCGAACGCGUUAUUAAAUUUAGCGAAGUUAUGUCUACGUGUAGAAAUCUCGUAAGUCGGGGUUGAUAUAAUUAGUAAAUUUUUAAAAUAUUAAAAUUUAAACUUUAGAUUUGAAUUGUCCUACUACUAUUAUGAACGUUUGGUUGUUCUUCCUCUGUGUUGUUUUCAUUACAACGAUGAGAAGAAGACUUAGCCCUCUUCUCCGGACAGGCACAAAGGAAUGUUCUGAAGUAGACUGAGCAGGUUUAAAUAAAUUUCGCUGUCGUUGCGUGGAUGUUCUGUGGUACGUUUGCGGUGUUCUGGUUGUGAUACGGUUACGCCCCUUAGUGCGCUCUGCUGUCGCAGGAGGAUAUGGAUUCAGAUACGUAUAGCGAGCGGAGGGGGCGCGGCUCCGCGCUUUGCAGUGAGAGGGGCGUUUUGUAUAAGUGGCUUUAUUUCGCCAAGAACUCCGCCGAGGACGCAAACAGCCUUACUCGUGCGCGCUUGCGCUCGGCCAGGCCGGGCAGGACGGGAAAGUGGAAGAGGCGAGGCGCGAGGCUCGGGCGGGGCCGGGGCGGGGGAGGAUGGUUCAAGUAGAAUUACAGUCGUAUAUUUCUCAACAAACAAAAGCGUACAGAGGUAAUGGGGGUCCUGGCCUGGGCCGGCCGGGGUAGGUCCGACUGGGGAGGCGCAACGAAUCAUGAAAGGAAAGGGGGUGGAGGUGGGGAGAGAGAGAGAGAGGGCGAGAGAGAGAGAGAGAGAUUGAAGGGGGAGGGAGAGGGACGGAGAGAGUUGUAUUGAAACAGGCAGACAGAGACCGAGGUCUCUCCGCGUGUUUUCACCAACACCAGGAUGCUCUGCUAGACGCGUGGCACGUCGCCACGUCGGGGCGAGUGAGUCAUAGCACAGUGCUUCGUAGGUUUGCAUCGUGCAGACCUCUGCGUUUUUUGAAUUAGACUUCUAGCACUCUUACCUGAUAUGUACUUUGCUGUAGCAAUCACAUUGUAGUUGGCCAUAUGAUUCUUAGUUGUAAGCAAUUACACUGUUAUUCGAUUCACGUGACGUAUCAUUCUUUUACCAUAGGGAAAACUGUCACAGUCUUUUCAAUCCUAUUGUCACAUUACAUUAAAUGUGGCUGUAGAAUUUACUAUGCUGAACCUGGUCGUUUCAUGUCGAUACGAAUGUAUCGUCAUGUAUUAAACAGUUUGGAAGUUUCUACAUUCAAACGAAUUUGACGUCACAUAGAUGGACUAAACAGUGUAUUUCGAGCUCUAUUUAAAGAGCUUGACGUCAAUAUUAAGAGCGAACGGCGCAGCAACCCUGUAUCUUUGCGCAACCUCGGUGAAACAAUGUAUCUCCAUUUUAGGGUGAUUUUCAACACUAUACAACUGAGGAAUAUUUUAUUUUAUCAUAAUGUAUACUGUUAAAUAAAAUAUCCCUUGUUUUGUGAUGA